AUGUCCAGCAUACAAACACAGACUUCACUGGUGCGGAAACCCAAACUCACAAAACAAGAGCAUCUCAAUGCGUACCACACCUUGCGCCAACGUAUGAGGAACCAGCUCAAACUAGCAGCCAAAGGUGAAGGUUCAGAGGUAUUACGACACAAUAUAGACGAAUUGAAUAGACUAUAUCAUGCGUUGGAGACGGAAAAAGUCCGCGACACCAAGAUCCAUCUUGAAGAUUCUGAAGUUUUCAAAGAAGCGUCCGAAUUUGCUGCUUUGAAUGCACGUAAUUUGCGGUUUGGAGAUGCUGGAAUUUCCUUGGACGAGAGGGAUGUUUUGAAAAGGUUGAGAAAAUUUGCAGCUAGUGACAGUUCGGUAUUGAAUGAUAUUGUCAAAGAAGAUCAAAAUGGAGGUGAGGACGAUUUUGAUGACGACGAUGCGGAUCUGUUCCCCAUUACUGAUGAAUACACCUUCAACAAAGUCAACUGGUUGAAAUUGGGGGUGUUGUACCAUCAGAUUAGUAAAAAACCGAUCCUGGUUGAUUUUCUUAAUGGACCAUUGGCCAAUGAAAAAAGGAGACAAGCGAAUAGAACAAGGAAUGUCGACGAUACGAAAAGUGGACGUUCCACUACUGCAAGACAUGUUGAAGCUAGCGAUUUGGCUCAGGAUGAGGAGAAAAACACAGCGUAUAUGGUGAGACUCGUUUAUGACAAGUACCUCAAACGGGAAAGUGAUGAAGAAGUUAAUUUUUUCAAGUUCUUUAUCGACCCUCACUCGUUUGCCCAGUCAGUUGAGAACUUGUUUUAUACGAGUUUCUUGAUCAAGGAUGGAAGAUUGAAGUUGUACAUGGGGAAACUGGGCGUUCCUUGCAUAACCCGUGUGAAUCAGACGGAACUUGAACAAAUCAAAUUGGACAGUUCGAAAAUACUAUCGUCGCAUCAUGUGGCUACUUUUAAUUAUGACGUUUGGCAGAAUUUUAUCGAGGAAUUGGAUUUGAAAGAAGCGUUUUUGGGUCAUAGAGAAGGAAUAGAGGAUCAAAUUCCUGCUGAAGAUUUAUUUGAGGAUUUUGGCGAUGAGGAAUUGAGACUGGAGGAUGGCGAUGAGGCUGAUACAAGUAGUAAUAGCAGUACGACUUCGACUUUUGAAGAAUACUAA